AUGGCCGUUGAGAACUGCACUGUGUUUGCGGACUUCAUUCUCUUAGGACUCUCUGGCAGACAGGAUGUGCAGCAGGGGCUCUUCGUGCUCUUCCUGCUGGUUUAUGGCAUCACAGUGAUCGCCAAUCUAGGGAUGAUCCUGCUGAUCAACGUGGACCCCCGACUCCACACGCCCAUGUAUUACUUCCUGAGCAAUCUGUCUUUCUGUGAUGUCUGCUACUCCUCCACGAUCUCUCCCAAGAUGCUGGCUGAUUUCUUAUCUGAGCAUAAGAAGAUCCCAUAUAAUCUAUGUGUGGUUCAGUUGUUUUUUUUUGGUGCCUUUGCAGCUGUGGAAUGUGUCAUGCUGUCUGUCAUGGCGUAUGACCGCUACGUAGCCAUUUGUAAUCCACUUCUGUAUUCAGUGACCAUGUCCAGGAGAGCAUGCGUCCAGCUUGUGGCUGCUGCCUACACGGCAGGUUUCAUAGAUACCACCAUCUUUACCUAUUGCGCAAUUCGAUUAUCAUUCUGCAAUUCCAAUGUCAUCAAUCAUUUUUUCUGUGACUUCCCACCCUUACUAGCUCUCUCCACCUCAGACACAACCAUCAGUGAAAUAGCAUUGACUGUUUCCUGUAGCUGUAUGGUGGGGUCCAGUGUCAUCAUUGUCCUCCUCUCCUACAGCUACAUCAUUACUACAAUCCUGAGAAUGAAAUCGACCGAGGGCAGACGCAAAGCCUUUUCUACCUGUGCCUCCCACUUAACCGCUGUGGCUAUAUUUUAUGGGACACUCCUGUUCAUGUAUUUCCGGCCCAACUCGAGUUACUCCAUGGACACAGACAAAGUGGCCUCUGUUUUCUACACAGUUGUUGUCCCCAUGUUAAACCCACUGAUCUACAGCUUAAGGAAUCAGGAUGUGAAAGGCGCCCUGAAUAAAGCAAUUGGCACCAAAUUUUUCUCUGAAUGA